AUGGCCGCGCUUGCUGCACGCGCGGCGCUGGGCAACCUGAGCGCCAACUCAACAGCCCUGCUUGUCUGCGACAUCCAGGAGCGCUUCCGCCCCGUCAUCAGCGGCUUCCCAGCGGUGCGUGGCGCCAAUGUCAUCGGCCUUCCAGUCGUUGUCACGGAGCAGUACCCCAGCAAGCUGGGGGCCACUGUGUCCGAGCUGAAGGAGGUGCUGCCCCCUGCAGCACCAGUGGUGGCCAAGACGCUCUUCAGCAUGCUGACGCCGGAGGUCGACGAUUUCCUGACAACGAACACAGCAAUCAAGCAGCUGCUCAUCUGUGGUAUAGAGACCCACGUGUGUGUGCUGCAGACCAGCCUGGACCUGCUUGAGCGUGGCUACGAGGUUCACGUGCUGACAGAUGGCGUCAGCAGCCAGCGCACCACCGACAGGGAGGCAGGCCUGGUGCGCAUGGCUCAGAGCGGUGCAUUUCUCGUGUCAAGCGAGAUGGCCCUCUUCCAGCUCAUGAAGGAUGCCAAGGCCUUGGGGUUCAAGGAGGUCAGUGCACUUGUGAGGGAGCCGCGGCCGGAGAUACUGCAGCUGCCAGGAAUUUCGAUGCGAGUGUGA